AUUUAUUGCAUAGAAUCCAUCACAUCUUUUCUCUAUUUAUAAAAUCUCAAGUAGGUGACAUUACGAUGGAAAGAAAACGAAUGGCCAUGAUAAUUAACAAUAUUAUUCAUCGCUGUCAUCUCUUCAGAAUCAAUAUUCUGAUAUUUUUCUUGCUGUUUGAUAGCUACGCCUCUGCUGCAAAAAACAAAACUUCCCAAGGCUCACAGCCUUCGGCCAUCCCCAUUGGCGUAGUUCUUGACGUGAACUCGCCGAUGGGAUCCAUGGCGGAUUCGUGCAUGAAAAUGGCGGUAGCGGAUUUUUACGAAAACCAUCCAAAUUAUGCUACAAGGUUGCAGCUGCACACCAGAAAUGCAGAGAGCAUUCUUGAUGCUAACUUUGCAGUUGUAGAGCUACUGAAGCAGGAAGUAGUGCAAGGAGUCAUAGGACCACAAAGAUCAACAGAAGAUACAUUCUUUGCAGAACUCGGCCAAAAUGUUCGUGUGCCGAUUAUCUCCUUCGCUUCAAGUAGCUCAGCAACUUCCUACACAGAUAACCACUACUUCAUCAGGGCUACCCCUGACGACGCUGUGCAAAUGCAGGCUCUUGCAGCCAUUUGCAAGGGCUUCCAGUGGUCAGAAUUGGCUGUUCUGUAUGAAGACACAGAUUCUGGCAGUCACUUUGUUUCUCUUCUAAACAAGGAAUUCCAAAAGGCUGAUAUUGGACUAUCAUAUAUGGUGGCUAUCCCAAAUUCAGCAGAUGAUAAAGAUAUCUUGAAAGAACUCAACAAGUUGGCAACGAGGCAGACGAGGGUGUUCUUGGUGCACAUGAACCUUGCCCUUGGCAACCGUUUGUUCCCUCUUGCUAAAAGAGCAGGGGUCAUGAGUGAAGGGUAUGCAUGGAUCAUCUCGAAUAGUCUAUCAAUCUUCAUGGAAUCCAUGGAUUCUUCCACCCAUGAUUCUAUGGAAGGAGUUAUCGGCAUUAGACCUUACUUGUCACGCUCAAAAGACCUUGAGAGUUUCCGAGGAAGGUGGAAAAGAAAUGUGACUUUGAGCAGCUCUACUGGUUCAUUUAUGGAACUAAAUGCUUACGGUUUGUGGGCUUAUGAUGCGGUCACCGCAUUAGCAAUUGCAAUGGAAAAGAUAAAUUCUUCCAUCUUGAAUGUGAGCGCAUCCAUAAAUGUAAGACAGAAAAAUUUGAGUGUCUCAACAUUUGGACCCGAACUUCUCAAGAAACUGUCAAGUAUCAAAUUUAGAGGCUUGAGUGGGGACUUUGAAUUGGUUGAUGGGAAGCUGAAGCCUUCAGCGUUUGAGAUAUUCAAUGUGAUUGGAAGUGGAGAGAAAACUGUAGGAUUUUGGACGCCGGACAGAGGAAUAGUAAGAGAUAUGGGCACAAGUGGAUCGACAAGUUACUCAACAUCAGCAAACGAACUCAAAAGUAUCGUGUGGCCUGGAGAUUCUCUUACACGACCAACGGGUUGGGCUAUUCCUACAUCUGGGAACCUCAGAGUUGGAAUUCCUUGGAAGCAUGGAUUCAUAGAAUUUGUUGAUGCAAUAGAUCUUGGAGAUGGCCAUGUAAAUGCGUCUGGAUUUUCUAUAGAUAUUUUCUUGGCUACCCUCGAGGCACUACCUUUUCGCAUCAAUUAUGAGUUCCGCAUCUACAAUGAUACCAAAGAUAUUAAUUGGAGUUAUGAUGACAUGCUACACAAGAUACAUGAGGAAUUUGAUAUGGUGGUGGGGGAUACAACGAAUUGGGCUCCAAGGGCAGAAUAUGUUGAUUUUUCGCUCCCCUAUUCUGAAUCAGGAGUCGUCCUAGUGGUUAAAAACAGGAAGGCGUUUGACAUGUGGAUUUUUGUUAAGCCCCUAAGUUGGGAUCUCUGGUUGGCGAUCAUUGUGGCAUGCAUUGUGAUGGGAAUAGUUCUUCUCGUGUUGGAACGCCGCGUGGGCGUGGCUAGCAGCGGAACAGAUUCCAUGAGAGCACCCAAGGAGAAGUCUGGAAUGGUUUAUUGGUCUCCCGUUGCAGUUCUUGCUUUCCCUGAAAGAAAUAUGGUGUCAAAUAGCUGGUCUGCUCUGGUCUUGGUGUUUUGGUUGUUCAUGGCGUUCAUACUAAUGCAGAGCUACACUGCGAACUUGUCAGCUAUUCUGACUGUGGAUCAAUUGAAGUUUGCGUUUUCAGAUAAUUACUAUGUAGGCUGCCAGGAUGGUUCCUUCAUGAAAAGAUUCCUGAUAGAUCAACUACACAUUAGUGCUUCAAGGCUCAGGAGUUAUGCAUCAGCCGAAGAAUACCAUCAAGCUAUGACCUUGGGGAGCAAAAACGGAGGCAUAGACGCCAUAUUUGAUGAGAUCCCUUACAUGAAAAUUCUUCUCAACAAAUAUGACAACGAAUACAAAAUGGCCGGACCAACAUACAGGACCGGUGGUUUUGGCUUUGCAUUUCCGAAGGGCUCUUCUUUAGCUGCGCAUUUCUCAAAGGCGAUCUUGGAUGUUACUCAAGGCUCAAACAUGACAGAGAUUGAACAAACGAAUUUCGGACCUGGAUACUCUUCCCAAGAUCCACUUUCCUCGACGAUCUCACAAGGGACCUCCAGUCUUACUUUCCACGAGUUUGCAGGGUUGUUCCUGGUUAUAGGAUCCGUAACACUAAUAGCUCUGUUCUGCUCAGAAACACCAAUUGGACGAACAUUCACCACCAAAACCAGACAAUUUGUACACAAUUGCAUCAAUUUUAGGAGUUCAAGAAUUAAUCCCGCGGAGGAUUCUAGUGUUACUGGAGAAUCAUCAGAAGGCGGAGCCGAGGAUAUUCACGAAUCAGUGCAGAAUAAUGUGGUCACCUCUCCUUCCCCUCCACAUGGUGAGGUAGAAAUGCAUGAAAUAGGCCUCAGUGAUGAAAUUCCUACUGCUCAAAAUUCAGGAGCAAGAACUGACUAAUUCAUAUAUACAAAAUGUAUUAAAGCUAUAGUAACUUAAGAGAAACAGUGGGAAAUGAAAAUGUAAUUAUAUGUUUGUAAAUUGUAACUGUCACUUGCCUUAAGCGGUUUUCACCUUUACAUAAUGCCUUGUUA